ACUUUCGCAGAAUCCACCUUAAAAUCUCUGCCUUAAACUGCACCAGCCCCCAAAAAAUCCAAGGGGGGAAAGCAAGGGGGGAGAAGAGAGCAGAUUCCCCCCUCCCCCCUCUCUCCUCUCCCAUCCCUCCCCCUUCCUCCUCCCUUUGGGUUAACAAGGCCCUGCUCACUAUAUCUCUUUAUAUUAAAUAUAUAUAUAUUAGAGAAGAGCAAGGAAGAGAACCACCUCCGCCCCCUCCUUUUUAAAUUUUUUUUUAAAAAAUUUUGCAAGGAUCCCAGGAGCUAAGGUGGCUGCAAAAGGGGAAAGCGGCGCGAGCCAAGUGGGGGAGGGUGGAGGAAACCCGGGAGAAGGCUUUCUCCAGCCCCCAAAGUUUUGAUGAUGACCAUGACUACGAUGGCUGACGGCUUGGAAGGCCAGGACUCGUCCAAAUCCGCCUUCAUGGAGUUCGGGCAGCAGCAGCAACAGCAGCAGCAGCAGCAGCAGCAACAACAGCAACAGCAGCAGCAGCAGCAGCAACAGCAGCAGCCGCCGCCGCCGCCACCGCCGCCGCCGCCGCAGCCGCACUCGCAGCAGACCUCCCCGGCCAUGGCAGGCGCGCACUACCCUCUGCACUGCUUGCACUCGGCCGCGGCGGCGGCGGCGGCGGCCGGCUCCCACCAUCACCACCACCAGCACCACCACCACGGCUCACCCUACGCGUCGGGCGGAGGCAACUCCUACAACCACCGGUCGCUCGCCGCCUACCCCUACAUGAGCCACUCGCAGCACAGCCCUUACCUCCAGUCUUACCACAACAGCAGCGCGGCCGCCCAGACGCGCGGGGACGACACAGAUCAACAAAAAACUACAGUGAUUGAAAACGGGGAAAUCAGGUUCAACGGAAAGGGGAAAAAGAUUCGGAAGCCUCGGACCAUUUAUUCCAGCCUGCAGCUCCAGGCUUUAAACCACCGCUUUCAGCAGACUCAAUACCUGGCCCUUCCCGAGAGAGCCGAACUGGCUGCUUCCUUAGGACUGACACAAACACAGGUGAAGAUAUGGUUUCAGAAUAAACGCUCUAAGUUUAAGAAAUUGCUGAAACAGGGCAGUAACCCCCAUGAGAGUGACCCUCUCCCAGGUUCAGCAGCCCUGUCUCCACGCUCGCCAGCGCUGCCUCCAGUGUGGGACGUUUCUGCCUCCGCCAAGGGCGUCAGUAUGCCCCCCAACAGCUACAUGCCUGGGUAUUCGCACUGGUACUCCUCACCACACCAGGACACCAUGCAGAGACCACAAAUGAUGUGACUUGUCUGAGUGAACAGCCUCGGGACUUCUGAAGGAAGCUCGGAGGUUCCAGGACUCACCUGCAUCUGCCAAACAGCCUAAACGAUGAGCUCAGAGGAGCUGUCCCUGUGAUCUGGGUCUCCUCUCUCUCUCUCUCUCUCUCUCUCUCUCUCUCUCUCUCUCUCUCUCCCUCCUUCUCUUCUCUCUCUUCUUCCUCCUUUCCUUCCUUGUUUUCCAUUCCUUUUAAUCUUUCUUCAUCUUUCUUUCCUUUCUUUCCACCUUUCUUUCUUUUCCCCCUGUCUUCCCCUUCUACAAUCUCCUCUCUUCAGCAACCUUAAUAAGUAACUUUGCAACACACACACACACACAGAGAGAGACAGAGACAGAGAGACUAGCUUCUGUACCAGUGUUCUGGAAACCCAUCACUGUAAGGAUAUUUUCCCUCACACCUUGGGAUCCAGACCCUGAGUUUCCUCUUUGGGACUCUCCAUCAAAGUGACUUUUUUUUUUUUUUUUUAAGACAUUCUACACCCGCAGAACAAUCUGCACAAACAUGGCAGCAUUUUUACUUGUUUAAUGAGUUUAAGACAUUACGUGAAGAAAGACAAUUUUGGACUCCUGAAUUUUUAUUUACCAAUCCAAGACUAAGAGAAGGAGAAGGAGGAGGGGGAGGGGAAGGGGAGGAGGAAGAGGAGGAGGAGGAGGAGGAGGAGGAGGAGGAGGAGGAGGAGAAGAAGAAGAAGAAGAAGAAGAAGAAGAAGAAGAAGAAGAUAGAAAGAAACCCCCCACUAUCCCUUCUCUAAAGAAAGAAGGAAAAUUGGCUGUCAAAUUCGAACAUUGCCACAAAGGAAACACUGCAUGGUCUUAUCUAAAUACAAUGACCAGGGACCCGAUGAUUCAACUAAAUACAAAUAGUAACAGCAACAAGAGAGACGCUCUUUGCAUAACCCACUUCCAAACUCUGAAUCAAGAAAGACCAAGGAAACAACCAAAAGCACUAUUCUAUUGCUUUGACACCUUUCCUAGGUGAAUAGUGGCAUUCACUAAGCUAAUAGGGACGUUUAUAUCAAGAAACAUUUCUGUAUAUAUUGUUGAAUUUUAGUUGUAUAUAUACUUUGUAUGUUUUUGUCUUCUUUCAUAUAUGGAGUAAAAGCCACAAAAUGUU